AUGGAGGCUGCACGGGGAAAUGAGUUGGGGGCGGAAGAGAGGGAGAUGGCAUCAGGAAUGGCGGCGGUGCAGGCGGUGGCAGCAAUGCGCAUAGCGGAGGAGGCGCGGACAGAGGCACACGCCGCCAGGCGAGCAGCACAGGAGGCUGGGGGGAGAGUGCAGGCGGAGGAUGGGGAGCAGAGCGUGCAAGGGAAUGACGAGAGCGAGGCAAUGGUGGUGGAGGGGGGGCCGUGGGAGCUGAGGGCUCGGCUGCAGGAGACGGAGAGGCAGCUGCAGGAGAAGACUGCCCGCGUCUCAGAGCUGGAGAGAAGCCUGGAGGAGAUGACGCAGUAUCUGCAGAACCUCAAGGCCAUCCUGCCGGCUGUGCCUCUCGCUGCCGCUGCCUCGCCAGCUGGCUUGGGCCCGUCGCUUGCUGCUGUGCAUCGAGGGGCAGCAGGGGCAGGCGUGCAGGAGGGAGAGGUGGAGGGGCAGGGCGUGGGAGCACCAGAGGGCAGUGGAGGGGAGGGGAGCUGUGGCAGCACUCGCAGUAGGUGGUAG